AUGGGAGCUUCUGAUCUAGCCCACGACCCAAACUCUAGCUUGCACAAACUACGCAGUGAUGCCAAGAUCAUGAGCGAGUUUCAAUAUCCUGAAAAGCGUACUGUUGGGUUCAUUGGGGAUUCUGGAGUCGGAAAGAGCUCUUUGAUAAACUGUCUUCUGGACCAGAUCAACCUUGCAAAAUCGAGUGGCGAAGGAUCUGCUUGCACCUGUGUGGUGACUGAGUUCAGAAACGUGGAUGAUGACCACCAAGAACCGUUCACAGUAGAAGCUGAUUACAUGAAUACCGAAGAAAGAAGCGAGCUUCUUCAAGAACUUCUACGGAGUCAACUUCAAAAUUCGGCGACCAAAGCACUGAAGACUCUCCAAACAGUUUUCCAGAACAAACCAGACAUGGGAAUUGAGUUCCUUGCCAAAGAAGAGGAAGGUGCUGAAGGCACCAUUCAAGCACAGCUUGAAGAAUGA